UCGAGUUCAGGCUCGUUAUCGUCUUGCUCUUUGAAGCUCACCUGUGCGCCAGGUGCUCCACGAGCCCCCUCACCCGACCACGUGUCCGUUCUGCAUGCGUUUUGACAGAGAUGAACGUAGAGGGUGACUGCGGCAUGUCGGUCAGUUGUGGCAAUGGGAAGCUUAGGCAGUGGCUGAUCGAUCAGAUCGACAGUGGGAAGUACCCCGGCUUGGUGUGGGAGAGUGACGACAAAACCAUUUUCAGAAUUCCCUGGAAGCACGCGGGCAAGCAGGACUACAACAGGGACGAGGAUGCCGCGCUCUUCAAGGCCUGGGCGCUCUUCAAGGGCAAAUUCCGGGAGGGGAUCGAUAAACCGGACCCUCCAACAUGGAAAACACGGCUGCGCUGUGCGCUCAACAAGAGCAAUGACUUUGAUGAAUUAGUGGAGCGGAGCCAGCUGGACAUCUCGGACCCUUACAAAGUCUACAGGAUUGUCCCUGAAGGAGCAAAAAAAGGAGCCCGGCAGGUGAGCAUGGAGGAACCCCCAGUGCACAUGGACCCUCUGAGCUUCCCUAUGACUGCCCCCUAUCCCCCCAUGCAGACACAGGUGCCCAACUACAUGGUGGCCCCUGAGCGGAGGGACUGGAGGGGAUAUGUGCCUGAGCAGCAGACCCACACAGAGCUGCCCUACGGCCAGUGCCACUACGCUCCACGCAGCCUGCCCUGGCAAGGGCCGCACUGCGAGAACGGGUACCAGAUAACCGCCUCCUUCUACUCGUGCUCCCCGACGGACUCGCAGUCCUCGGCCUUCGCGCUGGACCCCACCAGGUCUGCAGAGACCAUGGCGCUCUCUGACUGCCGCCUGCACGUCUCCCUGUUCUACCGCGAGUCCCUGGUGAAGGAGGUGACCACGACGAGUCCCGAGGGCUGCCGCAUCUCCUCCUGCCCCGAGGACAAGCUCUACGGGGGCAUGGAGCAGGUCCUCUUCCCAUUCCCAUACCCGCAGUCCCAGCGCAAGGGCAUGGAGAAGCUGCCCACCAUGCUGGAGCGCGGCGUGCUGCUGUGGCUGGCGCCGGACGGCCUCUACGCCAAGCGCCUAUGCCAGAGCCGCAUCUACUGGGAGGGUCCGCUGGCGCCGUACUCAGACAGGCCCAACAAGCUGGAGAAGGAGCAAACCUGCAAGCUGUUUGACACCCAGCACUUCCUGGCAGAGCUCCAGGGCUAUGUGCACCACGGGCGCCCCAUGCCCAGGUUCCAGGUCGUGCUUUGUUUCGGGGAUGAGUUCCCGGAUCCCCAGCGUCAGUGCAAGCUCAUCACCGCUCAGGUCGAACCUGUGUUUGCCAAGCACCUAGUCACCUUCACACAGCAGACCGGCGGUCACUUCGUCCGGGGGUACGAACUCCCACAGCCACCGCUGACACUCACGGGGGACAGUCAAAAGGUCCUGCACAACAACUGCAUCCAGGAGUGAGGCAACCAGCUGGAUACACACACUGGCCAAGGCAGCGAACAUGGCUGAGGAAUGGGCUGCUGUGGAACAAGAGCCUGAGACUGAGCCUGGAUGCAACCAGAGUUCAGGCCACCAAGCAAUGAAGAAAUAAAGACGCACACGUUCAAACCCUUCUUCACUCUCAACCCCUCUAUCUUUCUUCCCUGCCCCAUGGUGACCACAUCCAAAGGACUCUUCUAUGCAUCUUAAUUUUCAUCCAAUCCAGGUUUCUUUUGGUAACAUUUACACUAGGGUACCCUUCUGCAUUGCUUAAGUGUCUUGUAGGAUUCAGAGUAAACUAUUGCUUGUUUUACAUCUGAAAACAGCAAGUGAGGUGACAUAAUGCAAUUAUUUCUCCAAUAUAAUGAAUAACUGACUUGACCCUUGGGGGGUCACAUUUAGGCAUCCCUGUUUCAGAUCAAGUGGUCGCUGUACAUCAGGGAUGAGAAUCAGGAUGCAAAGUCUUCUAAAACUAACACUGAGUACAUUCGG